GAUCUCUCAUAGGAGAGAAUUUAAAGAAGAGAGCCAAGAAAAUAAUAAUAACAAUAAUAAUAAUAAUAAUAACAAUAAUAAUGGUUUCAAGAGAGCAAAAGAGAGCAGCACUACUGCAUGAGAAGCUUCAACUCCUUCGUUCUAUUACCAACUCUCAUGCUGUGAACAAAAGCUCCAUCAUAAUCGAUGCAUCAAAGUAUAUUGAAGAGCUUAAAGAAAAGGUAGAAAGACUCAAUCAAGAAAUAGCCACAGCAGAAACUUCAAAUCAUCAUCAUCACCAUAAUCCUAAUUUGCCUAUGGUGACAGUAGAAACCCUAGAAAAGGGAUUUAUGAUAAAUGUAAUUUCAGGAAGAAGCUGCCAAGGACUACUUGUUUCAAUUCUUGAAGCCUUUGAAGACAUGGGUCUCACCGUUCUUGAAGCUAGGGUUUCUUGUACGGACACUUUUCGAUUCCAAGCAGUUGGAGGAGAAAAUGAUGAACAAGGUGAGACUAUUGAUGCACAAGCUGUGAAACAAGCAGUGGGACAAGCAAUAAAGAAUUGGAGCCAACAAAGUGCUGAUCAAGAUUAAAUCAAGAGCCCGCUUCUAAUAAUA